AUGACCUUCGCCAAGGAAGAUCGACUGAACUGUCGAGCGCAGGAACCAGAGGAGGAGGACGAGGAGAGCGAAGGCGAGGACUACGAUCCGGCGCAGGAUGAAGAGGGCGAUGACGAUUCAGAGGGCUCAGAACGGUCCGGAGAUGAAGAGGAGGACAACUACGGCGGCGACGACGACGAUGAUGGCGAGGAGGAGGAGGAGGAGGCGAUGUCGGUUGACAAUGAUCGCCAAGGGUCCCGAAAUACUGUCGGCGGUGGCAAUGGUGAGAGCAGUGCUCCCGGUACCUCAGCUGCCACCGCCACCACCGCCAGCACUGUGAAAAUCGCCGGCCCCUACGGAACCCGACCGGGCACGGAGGCGGAGGGCGGCGGCGAGGUGGACAUGUCGAAGGAGGAGUGGUUCCACAAUGAGUACUACAAGAUCUGGAAGAAGAACGCCAUGUACCUCUACGACCUCCUCAUCACGCACACCCUCACCUGGCCCUCGCUCACCGUCGAGUGGGUGCCCGAGCCGGCGGACUCGAUGCAGACGGGCGGUCCCGGCAACAGCAGCACCACCACCGGUCACCACGGCCACCACUUGAACAAGGACAUGCUGCCGCAGCGGCUCAUUCUGGGCAGCAACACCUCGGGCACGCACGCCAACUACCUGAUCAUCCUCAAGGUGAUGCUGCCCAGCUACGACCUGCAGCGCAACCCCAACGUCACCUCGAUGCGCCACCCCUCCGGCUACGGGGCGAUCAACAGCAAGGUGGAGAACUUCAUCAAGAUUCCCCACGACGGCGACAUCAACAAGGCCCGCCUCAUGCCGCAGAACCCAUUUCUCAUCGCCACCAAGUCUUCCAACAACAAGGUCCUCCUCUUCGACUACGAGAAGCACGAGAGCGACCCGGGCGAGCCGGCGGAGGGCCGCAAGGUCAGCUGCCGCCCGGACAUGGUCCUCGAGGGGCACGACGACGAGGGCUUCGGCCUCAGCUGGAACCCCUGCAAACGAGGCGUCCUCGCCUCCUGCGACAACAGCGGUGACAUCUGCAUCUGGGACGUGGACGCCGGGAAGACAGGCGUCGGGCGCACUCUGCAGCCGCGGGAGAAAAUUGUGAAGGCGCACAACGGCGCCGUCUGCGACGUCCAGUGGCACAACCUGUCGGGGCUGCUUGCCUCCGCCGGCACCGACGGCAAGGUGAAGAUCUACGACGAGCGGUGCCGGGCGUCGGUGCACGCUAUUGACGCCCACACCAGCGACGUCAACUGCAUCAGCUUCAACCCCUACUCAGACAUGAUUUUCCUGACGGGCUCGAAGGACGAGACAGUGGCCCUCUGGGACAUGCGCAACCUGGGCAUCAAGACGCACACCUUUGAGGGCCACAAGGAUGAAGUCUUCUCGGUUGCCUGGGCCCCGCAAAAGGAAACCUACUUCGCCUCCGCCUCUGCGGACAAUCGCGUGCUGAUCUGGGACCUGCGCUCCAUUGGCAAGCGCCAGUCGGAGGAGGACGCAAAGGAGGGCCCCCCGGAGCUGAUGUUCAUCCACGGCGGGCACACCGACAAGCUGUGCGACAUUAGCUGGAACCCGCACGAGCCCUUCCUCAUGGCCUCCGUCGCCGAGAACAACGUCCUCCACCUGUGGAAGAUGGGCGACCACGUGAUUCGCACCACCGAGGAGGCCAACGCCAAGUGGUAG